GCAACAUUACGGAUAGAGCAUUGGUAACGUGAGUAGUCUGGUUCAACAGGAAAAGCACAUGUUAAAAUGUGUGACGAAAAUGGGUUAACGUACGAAGAACCAAGUAAAAUUGUACGAAAGUCGAAGGCAACUGUAGGAAGUAAGCACAAGGUAACUGAGAUCAGUGUUCCAAAUGUCAUCUCAAUGAAGGUGCUUACAGUAUUAAACACGUUCCUUGCUGACAAAAGUUACAUAGGUAGUUAUCAACUUUCCCAAGCUGAUAAAGCCAUCUUUGAGGCCCUGAGAGGGGUUACUUUGCCUCCUAACAUGUCUCAUCUUAUGCGAUGGCAUCAACACAUCAAAAGCUUUUCCCCAGUAGAGUUGGCGCUGUGUCAAACAUAUGUACCAACUUGUAAUACUAUGCCACCACAAAUUGUAGGCCUUCUCUCAACCAAUAAUCACGGAGUUGAUAUUAAUCUAAAGGUUGUAGAGGAGUUGAGUCAUGUACUGGAUGUGAAGGCACAGCCGAGAGCUGCGGAAGAUGGUGCUGGGCCCCACAGGUUCACUCUCAAGACCCCAAAAGGUACACGAGAUUAUGGACCUUCGCAGAUGGCUAUCCGAGCAGACGUGUUGAACAAGAUAAUUUCUGUAUUCAAGCGGCAUGGAGCUGAAACUAUUGACACACCCAUCUUUGAGCUAAAGGAGGUGCUGACUGGAAAGUAUGGGGAGGACUCCAAGUUGAUUUAUGAUCUUGCUGAUCAAGGUGGAGAGAUCCUGUCACUGAGGUAUGACCUCACUGUUCCAUUUGCUCGGUAUCUUGCCAUGAACAAGAUCAGCAACAUCAAACGGUACCACAUUGCCAAAGUGUACCGGCGCGACAACCCAGCCAUGAUGCGGGGCCGUUACCGGGAGUUCUAUCAGUGUGACUUUGACAUAGCUGGUCACUAUGAUCCCAUGAUCCCAGAUGUGGAGUGCAUCCGUGUUGUCAGUGAGAUCCUCACAUCCUUGCAAUUGGGGGAUUUCCUUAUCAAGGUGAACCAUCGGCAGCUGCUGGAUGGAAUAUUUGAGGCGUGUGGCGUUCCUUCAGACAAGUUCCGCACAGUGUGCUCUUCUGUUGACAAGCUGGAUAAGUCUCCAUGGGAGGAGGUGCGCAAUGAGAUGGUCAACGAGAAAGGCCUGUCUCCAGAAGUAGCAGACCAGAUUGGUGAAUACGUUUGCCUCAGCGGCAAGAUUGAGUUGGUAGAGCGGCUGUUGCAGGAGGAGAUGCUAGUGGGUAUGUCCAGGAGUGCCCAUGAUGGACUGGAGGCCAUGAAGCUGUUCCUCAAAUACUGCGCACUGUAUGGACUACAGGAUCAGGUCAGCUUUGACCUGAGCUUGGCCCGUGGACUUGACUACUAUACUGGUGUUAUCUACGAGGCUGUCUUGCUCAAUGACACCAAAACUGAACAAGGAGAGACUGGUGGAGUUGGUAGCAUUGCGGGUGGUGGGCGUUACGACAACCUGGUGGGGAUGUUUGAUCCAAAGCACAAAAAUGUGCCCUGUGUUGGAGUGAGCAUCGGAGUUGAACGUGUGUUCUCAGUGCUAGAGGCUCGCCUCCUCAACAGCAGGGCUAAAGUUCGGACAACAGAGGUGGAGGUAUUUGUGGCUUCUGCACAGAAGAAUCUUUUGGAGCACCGGAUGCAACUCUGCAAGGAACUGUGGGAUGCUAACAUCAAGGCUGAACAUUCAUACAAACGCAACCCCAAAUUGCUAGCACAGCUACAGUACUGCGAAGAUAUGGGCAUCCCUCUGGCAGCCAUCUUGGGUGAGUCAGAACUAGCAAGAGGAAUUGUGAAACUUCGUAAGGUUGUGACUCGUCAGGAGAUCGAAGUCGAGAGAGAGAAUGUGGCACAGGCUGUGCGAGACCUGUUGACUGAAACAAAUGAGCAGCGCUGAGUGUAAAUCUGAGAACUGGAUUCUGCGUGCCAGUUAGUGCUGUGAAGCCUAAUUACUUCAUCAACAUAAGUUGUAUGCCUGAGGACAUCGAUUUCUCAUUGCAGUCUAAUGUGCAACAUUGCUGUUUGAACAGAAAUCACCCUCUCAGUGGUAAUAUGAAUAAUUUAUAGCCAAGAGGUCAGCAGAUUAAAUCUCACAGGCUUUACAGUGUUGAUUCCAGGCAAAUGUUGGGAUUGUACCUUGAGAAACAAAAUUUAUCUGAACUUAAGAUGUCCUUGAAUCCAGGACAGUGUCUAGAAAGGAGAAAUAUAAAAUGAAAUUAGAGAAGAACAAUUUUUAAUAACUGCUGUAUUUUCUUGAAUACUCUCUGCCCUUGAAUAAUCCAUGCACCCCAUGAAAUAGCUCAUGUGAAUUUAUUGAAAUAUUAAAUUAUGUCAAGUAGAGGUGUGCAUAAUACUGUCACGUGUAGGUGGGUACACAUGACAAAAUGACGGUUUCAGGUUCGGAUGAUUGGAUUUGUUACCAGCUUGGUUAGAGGCACUCUUUUAAUUACACUCGAAUACAGCGCUGACUUACACCUCAUAAUCCACUAUUGCACACACUGUCGCACGCAUAAAGUCUUCUAAAUCACUCUUGGUAUCCUCACAGGCAAACUUCUGUAUUCCUGGUUCAACUUUGCUUGCUUCCACCACUCUCAACUACUCUUAACUGCUUCAACAAAGUCAUAUUGUCACAGACAAUACAUUUCAGUUAAUAAUACACACCUGAUCUGCCACUUCUCAUGCAUAUAUUCACCAGGCAUUUUUCCAUUCAUAUUUCACUUUCUGGCUUCAAAAGCACUCUGACUUAUUUUGCAGAGUCAACUCUUCCUUCUUCAGUCUCUUACAUGGCUUUCACUGAUGUACUGUAUGUCUUCCAAUGGCACGAUUUCCAUUAUCCUAUGCCUCUUGAAUUAUUUCCUGUUUUUCACUAUAUAUAUGGAAGAUGGCAAUAUCCAUGCCUUGAAUGCUUUAUGUUUAGCAGAAGAUAGUCAUAGUGGCUUACAGAUUAGCAUCCACUGGGACACUGUGUGUGGCUUAGUGUGUGGAUAUGUGAAAGUUAAAAUGGUGGCCACCCAAUGUUUUGUGACGCUGUUUUUUUUUUUAGAAAAAUAUUGCACUGCUUAUUCUGGAAGAUAGAGUAUUUAAUCAUAUUUUGAAAGUGAUGUAUAGUAUUGCAUCAUGUAGGAUUUGAGGUUCUCACAGCAGUGGUUACGAAGAGUUCUGUCUUUUGAAAUAUAAUGCCAUAUAGUCUAUUGAAAGUUAAUGCACUGCAGUUGUGCUUGCUUGUUUUUUGCUUGGCUUAUUCUUCAACCCUGAAGGUGGAAGUGACAUGUUUCUCCAAAAUGUUUAACUUUCUGCAGACUAUAUGGCAUUAUAUCCCAGAAGACAGAACUCUUCAGUAUUGCUUUGUUCUGCAGAAUUCACUUCCAUCAGAGUAGUAUUUGUACCUGCUUUAAUUUGUAAAUU